AUGCUUGCUUGGAAUCAGCUGCAGGCAAAUGUAAUAGUAAAAUGUUGGAAGCCUUUAUUAGAAUGCUUAAAUACUACAGAAGCAAAUGAAAGCGAGGAUGAAUACGAUGAUAUUCCUUUGAGCUUACUUCGUCAAAAAAUAUUGCAGGAAAAAUGGAAAGAAGUUCAUGAUAUACAGGGUCUGCUGCAAGUUGUAUUAUCGGAGGAAAUCUACACUGAACAAGAUAUUGAGAAGUGGAAUUCAAUCCAAGUUGACGAAGAAAUUGAUUUAGAUAAUUAUGCCAUGGAUACUGAAGAAUCAGGUGAUGACAGCCAAUGCGAAGGACAGAUCGGAAAUUCAAUAAAAGCUACUGAAGCCAUUAAAAGCUUCGAUAUACAUAGCUAUCGCAUGGGCUGAAGCUAACACCGCUGA